AGCCAGCUGGCUGGGGCCACCGGUUUACACUCAGAGCCAUACCUGCCAUUGAGGAUUCCUCCCCAGGAGGCAGCAGCGUGUCAGCAUGGCCGAAGAGUUUGUGAACUGCAGGAUCCAGCCCGGGAAGGUGGUUGUGUUCAUCAAGCCCUCCUGCCCCUACUGCAGGAGGACCCAAGAGCUCCUCGGCCAACUGCCCUUCAAACAAGGGCUUUUGGAAUUUGUCGAUAUCACAGCCACCAGUGACACUGGCAAGAUUCAAGAUUAUUUGGAACAGCUCACAGGAGCCAGAACAGUCCCUCGGGUCUUUAUCGGUAAAGAUUGCAUCGGCGGAUGCUCAGACCUAGUGGAAAUGCAUGAGAGUGGGGAGCUGUUGAAGCGGCUAAAACAGAUUGGAGCUCUGCAGUAGUUACAGGGCAGACCCCAGGAUGAUGUUCCCCUUGAGAACUGGAUGGCAUUUCAAAUGAGGACCACACUUCCUGGUGGAUGGAUCUGGAGCUAAUAGCCACAGCAAUAGUUUACUUAAAAUUCUGAAAUGUGUUCACACAAAAAAAGGGAGGAGGGUGGAUUUUUUGGGAAAAACAGCUUUUCCUUCUUUUGACUCAGUAUUAAAUGCAGACCAACUUGCCCCAAACCACAGAGAAGGUUGAUAGACAUCUUGGGUUUCUUUUCCAUUGGCCCUUAGGGUUCCAAAAGACCAUGACAGGGGAUGGCUUAGGGUUCACUCAAUGACCCCAAAGAUGUUCUUUCUCUUGGGCACGUGUCUCUUACUGUCUCUUACUGUUCUCCAUAUGUCAGGACCUCUGAGCCAGUGUUUUUCAACCAAGAUUACUCCAAGCACCCUAGGAUGAAGCUAAAAUUGGUUUCCUGCUAUUGCCUCAAGGUUACUUUGUUGAGUUUAACUUGAUGGAAUUUGCAGGAUGAAAACAAUAGGUAUUUGGACUGUGCUUUUUUCAACUUAUAAGUGUCUCCCAGUCAUUAUCCCCAUACGACCGCAUCCUAUCUUGGAAAUCACUGCUCUGAAUUCAUGUUCUUAACCUUGACAACUCACAAAUCUCAUAGAAAAUGUUCAACAAUUCUGUGAAGGGUCUUAAGGACCCCACGUGGGAAGCACCACGUGAAAUGUUAAGCACGGUUGCUGGCGCCUCAGGGAUCCGAGGUAUCAGCACAGCUGCUGCAAUCACGGGUUCCCUCCGUUAUGCAAUAUCGUCAUCCAGCUGAUCUGAAAGAGCAGUGUCUUAACUUGUUUAGGUUAUGAACGGAAGUCAAUGCAACAUUUAAAAUGUUACUACAGAAAACUUGCAAACCCCUUCCCCAAGAGUAUGUCUGUAAAAGGGGCCAAAUUUGAGAAGCAUGGUCCUAAGUGAUUCUCUCUCCCUCCUUUUUCCUUCACUCUGAAAACUUUAGAGUUCUUUAUUGUGAGGUUUGAUCUAGAACUGCAAUGUUAAACUUAUUUCCUUCUCUCUAGUGGGUAUAGUUAAUUUCUUUUCUAAUAAAUACCCAGAGGUGACAGUGAUUUUUUGCUUAAUUCUUUUCUGUUCCCAAUACUUAAAGAAUGAUAUUAAUGUAAAAGACACCAAAUUAAACCUUUAUUCAUGUUUGUUGCCAAUCAUUAUCAAUAAAGGUACAUGCUAUUUUCCUUCAUUAA